AUGCAACUGGUCAUCCCGCACCACCGCAUGCAGCGGGCAGCUGAGCAUGAGGGGGAGCUUGAGGAAGAGUUCACCCUUCCCCCAUUUCACCAUCUCCCUGCUCACCAUUCCCACAACUUCAUGGAAAUGAAGAACAGGUUUUUCAAUGAGCUUGGGCACCUUCCAAAUCACAAGAUUAGAUUGCCCAUGUGGGCCGUUGGGGCUAUAGUGGUUCUGGUCCUUGCCCUGGUUGGCUGCUUUGCCUUUUGCAUGUAUAAGAAGGGCUUAGGAGGGAAAAACCCCCCCAAGAAAGCAAGAAAGAGAAAAGCUGGGCAUGUGCAGAGGAAAAACGAGGGAGGUGGUAAGCCAGCUCAGGAGACUAAGAAGGAAGCGGGGGAGGAAAAAGAGCAUGCAUACUUUGGAAAACUGGAAUACACACUGGACUACAACUUCACAGAGAAUCAGUUUAUCGUUGGCAUCCUUCAAGCCCAGGACCUUGCUGCUAUGGAUAUAGGUGGAACCUCUGAUCCUUACGUCAAAGUGUACAUGCUCCCUGACAAAAAGAAGAAGUUUGAGACAAAAAUUCAACGCAAGAACCUGUGUCCUGUUUUCAAUGAGACUUUCAGUUUCAAGGUCCCAUUCAAUGACCUGGCUGGACAGAUUCUGGUCUUGCAAGUCUUUGACUUUGAUCGCUUUGGUAAGCAUGAUGUGAUUGGAGAGAUCAAAAUACCCAUGAACAGCAUAGACUUGGCUCAGCCUAUCCAUGAGUGGAGAGACCUGAUUGGAGGAGACAAAGAACAGCAAGAAAAACUAGGUGAUAUUUGCAUCUCCCUGCGAUACGUUCCUACCUCUGGAAAGCUGACUGUCUGUGUGAUGGAGGCCAAGAACCUGAAGAAGAUGGAUGUGGGUGGUUUAUCAGAUCCUUUUGUGAAGAUCAUCCUGCAACACAAUGGAAAACGUCUAAAGAAGAAGAAGACUACAGUUAAACAGAACACGCUGAACCCGUAUUUCAAUGAGAGCUUCAGUUUUGAGGUCCCCUUUGCUCAGAUACAAAAGGUCCAGGUGAUGAUCACUGUGUAUGACUAUGAUAAACUGGGCAGCAAUGAUCCCAUUGGGAAGUGCUGGAUUGGCUAUGGGGCCAGUGGCGUGGGCUUGCGUCAGUGGUCCGACAUGCUGGCCAAUCCAAGACGUCCUGUGGCCCAAUGGCACACCCUCCUGCCGGAAGAGGAGGUGGAUGUCGCCCUGAAGGCACCUGUCCACUAG